GUACAUGAACUCUUUGUCAAUUUCCUAAGCCGGUAAGACCAGUGUUUGACAGAACACUGUAAUACAGGUGUCAACGCCCUCUUUCAAAGCAGGUGCACCACCCACAAGUUAAACUAACUUGAGCACCACGAGGAUUCAAUUUACAACUGAACCUGGACGCGUGCAGUGACAAUCCACGGGGUCCCAGAGAAAGCUGCCAUCUUCCCUGGUGAAGCUCAGCAAGCUAGUGGAAGACAAAGUCAACAUCCUUCGCAGCACACUUCCUACUGACCUACAGAGUCCAGAGGGCCAUGAGAGCAUAGAGGCUUUGGGAAAACACAUCCUUCAGAGCCAGGAAUUCAUCCCUCACCUCAGAGAGAUAGAGAAGAAGACCAAACAGGAAGUGACCAGACUGCUGCAACAACUGGGAAAGAUUCAAGAGCAACGAAGGCUGUUGAACGGUGAGCUGUCUGAUUUGGAGAAACGGCAGGCCGAAGUCGUCAGCACGCUGCAGAGAAGCCCACACUCAGGCACUCACACUAAGCUCCUAAGGGCCAGGAGGGAGCUCCAAGCAUCCAUCGCGGCCAGGGCGGUCCAGUCCGACAGACUGGUGUUCCAGGAGCAGGCCCUGAGCGCCCUCCACCAGCUACUGAGCGAAGACGCCGUCCGAUACCGCCAGGAGAUCCAGAGACUGCGGGACUUCUCCGGCAGGCUGAGCGGCAACAUGCAGGGGAAGAGCGAGUACGAACAGGACAACAACAUGGAGACACCCAGUAAAGAGACUAGGAGGGAAGCAAAUGGUGGGACGGCAGAGCUAGGAGGGAAUGUGGUUAACCGGCACAAAACGAACACCGAGGACGACCCCUCUAAGGACUCCCCUCCACGGCCAGACCGGAGCCAGGCGGAGGAGCGCGAGGAGGAGCGGGCCUGGAGGACCAAUCGGAAGACAGCCCUGGCCAGGGGCUCUCUCCUGACUCGCUCGGGUAGCAUCAAAGAACUGAUCCACAAGUUCUCUGGUCCCGACUGCACUCCCAGCUCCCCCGGGAGUCCCCAACUCGUCCCCCACGCUGUGUCUCUGCCCGACCUGAGCCAGCCUGCCAGGAUGUCGACCCCCAGGCGGGGGGUGAACCCUGGAGAGAUCAGCUCCCAGAGCGGUGUCAGGACCGCGGCCGAGAACCACGUUCCCUCCAUCAUGCUGACCCCCCCCCCGGGCAGAGAGAUGACCCCCUCCCUGAAGGAGACCAGGGCUCUCGCUGACUCGGCGCACAGAAGGGGCGCACACGAUCCCACCCAGAAGACCGACUCUCAGAUGGGCUCCGUGGCAGACUCGGGCAUGGGUUCGGAAUCCGACUUUGAUCCCAACAAGCAGCCCGACAGCCCGCCGUCGGAGGAGGAGCCGCCCGCUCGCAGAGUCCCUCCCAACCCCAAGUAUCAGCUGUUCCUCGGCUCCGACAUGAUCGGGAGCGGCUCCCGGGAUCCAGAUGGGCCGGCGGGGGAGAACGGGCCCCGCGUGUCCCGCUGGGAGAGCGCCAGCUCCAGGUUCGGGCCAAACUACCGCGGCUCCCUGGAGUCCCUGGCCUCCAGAGACUGGGACACCAUGUCAGACAGGUUUGGUGGAAUUGACAGUCCCCCGCGAGUGUUCAACAGCCCCUACGCCACGGCUGUUUCCAUGGACUACAACCCCGUGUACAGGAUGGCAGACUACAAGUCGCUGGAAGGGAGGUCGUCUCCUGUCAACUCCGAGUACAACCUGUACAACAGCAGGAGCACCAGCCCCGUGCUCACCCCCACCCUCACCGCCCCCCGCACCCGCUUCUCAGCCUACGACUCGCUGUCUCGGAGGAGGAACGAGGUGAUACCCAAUCCUCUCAACGCGCGACCCACCUUCGCCGCUCCUAACAAGAGGGAUUACAUAGAGGAGCUAACCAGGCAGCUGGAUGCUUGCCAGAAGAGAAACCAGUUCCUGGAGGCGGAGAGUAUGGAGAUGGACAAGGAGAGGAACCAGAUCCGCUUCGAGAUGAGGGGCCUGCUGGUGAACAACGAGGACCUGCUGAGGACCAACGCCCAGAUGCAGGGGGAGACCAAGAGGACGAGAGACAGGAUGCAGGAGCUGGAGAGAGACAACGUCGCCAUGGUGGAACGCUUCAGGCUGAUGGAGGCUGAGCUGAAGGAAGCCAAGGAUGUCAUGGUGGAGGCCAACACGCAGGAGUACGCCUUCAACUUCCUGCAGCAGUCUCUCAAGAACAAAAUCCAAGACGCCGAGGAGGCGCUGGAGAAACAGACGCUGCACUCCCAGACCCUGUCUGAAAAGCUGUGGCUCUCCGAGAGGCAGCUGGAGGAACUGGAGGUGCACAAGGGAACGCACGACAAGAGGACCGCCUCCCUCAGCACCACCAUCAUGAGACUGGAGGCCGAGCUGGGGGACGCCCUGCAGGGGUCCACCCAGGCCUCGGCAGAGCUGAGCCUGGAGCAGAAGUUGCGAGCCGACGCCCAGCUGAGGGUGGAUGAGCUGGAGGAGAGCCUGCUGGAGAAGACCCAGGAACUGCAGAGGGUCCAGCUGGUCGUCAGCAGGUUGCAGGGAGAGGUGUCGGGCAAGCUGAUGGACAAGGAGCGCACCCUGGAGGAGGAGAUCCAGCUCAGGGAGCGCACGCAGCUGCAGUGGAAGCAGGCCGAGCGCACCGUGGACGACCUGCAGAUGGAGCUGCAGAGCUCCAGCCAGGCCAGGGACGACCUGGGCAAGCAGCUCAAACAGGCCCAGGAGAAGAUGAUUGACCUGGAGAGUGACUUAGAGGAGAUGCACGACAGUGAGCUGCGAUGGGCGGCCAAGUCCAAGAGAUCCAUCGAGCAGAAUGAACAGCUCCAGUUGAAGCUGAACCAGGAGAAGGAACUGAGCGACGAGCUGGAACGUCAGAAGGACGUGCUGGAGAGACAGAUCCGUGAUGUGCGUAUGGAGGUGGAGCACCUGCAGAACUCCAAGGUCCAGGAUGACGUCAUCUCCAAGACCGAGGUUCGACUCAAGGAGCUUGAGAACACACUCAGAACGGAGGAAAGGAAUAAAGUGAUUCUGACCAAUACCAUCGGUAAGCUGGAGAGGAAGAUCAAUGAGCUCUCAGACCAAAUAGAGGAGGAACACAAGCUUGCUACGGAGCAGAAGGACCUGAUGACCCAAAGGAUCCGCUCCCUGAAGCGCCAGCUGAACGAGGUGGAGGAGGAGGCCAGCAGCAAGGAGGCCAAGCUCCGCCACGCGCAGCGGGAGCUGGCGGAGGAGAGGGAGAGCAGCACACGCCUGCAGAGGCAGCUCCUCGACCAGCACCUGCAGAUGAAACGUAAGGAGUCCAGCUUGAGGAUGGACCUGAGUGUGGACGAGGAGGACUUGCCCCGCUCUGCUCUGUCCACCGUCUCCAAGGCCUGACCGGAGCCCCCAGCGUUACAGACCAGCCUCGACCCUCCCCCCCCAGCACCGGGACUGUGCCACUCUGCAGCACCCUACUCUGUCCUGCACAGUGCUCCGACCGCUCCCGUGUAUCACGCACACAAGCUUGACCUGCAACCUUCCCUGUUCAAAGCUUUACGGCCAUAACGAACUGUGCAUUAUUCGUGAGGGAUCCAGCAUGUCUUGUUUUAACUAAGUGGCCUUAUCAUGUAUGGAGGGGAUAUCGGGCUUGAUUAUUCGUUUUUUUUUAAUAUAAUUUUGAGAUUAUUUAUAUAUUGUAAUGUUCCUAAGGUAUAACCAAAGACUGGGUUUAAUAAUCACUGUCAAUAUAUCCUAAAUUGAUUGUGUCUGCAACAAUUCUUUGCCAGCAUUUUUACCUCACACCUAUUUGAAAUACUAGAAAGCGUUUGAGGGAAAUGUAAAUGACAAAGCUAGCUUCAGGGUAUGUUUGAGGAGACGUUGGAAAGGAAGCCUGCCAUUAGAAAUGGGAAAUGGCUUCAUGUUGUAGCGGACUGGAAGUAUGUGAGCGUGAAGACUCUAAUGCAGUGAACUGUUCAAAGUAUUGUAGACGAAUGUGUUUGCAGCUAAAUACAUUUUUUGGAGUAAUAACAUUAAGGUUUUUGUUGUCGUUUCUAUCUGCAAUAUCUGUGGAAACUGUUGAGGACAGUUUUAUCCAGUGUCUGCUGUGUACAUUCCCGUGUGGAUAGAUGCCUGGAUGGUUUUCUACAACGGAAACAGACACUUUUCAGUUGAUCUCCUGUUUACAAUGUACAGUUGUUUGUGUGGAGACUGACAUGGAUACUGCCAAUACAUGCCCUAGUUAAGGUCCCUCCUACCUUAGGUAUCAUGCAAACUAUGACAGUCAUCGCUCCGAGUAUAAUAGAGCUUCAGGUCUGUCCCAUACAUUUAAGUGGAAUUGUAUGAUUGUGUACAUUGAUACAUGGUUCGUAUCGUCAUGCUGUUGAAAUGUAAAGGGGAAUGAGGAAUAAAAUGCCACAAUUAAGCCAAGCUGACAAUAGCAAGGAGUUCAAUAAGAGUAAAGUUACCGUUGAAUUGUCACGCGACUGGUGUCAGAGGGCUUUUCGUGAAGGGCACGAUUUAUCACACAGUACAAUACUGUACUAAUCAUACGGAUCGAAGGCUAUUGAUCUCGUUUGACAAAAUAUGAACGUUAGAAAUAGUAGGUAUUAUAUUUUUGUAUCUGCUUUCACACUCUACAGGUGCUGCCGGGUAUUUAUUGCGGUUUCUGAUGUUCUAUAUGGCGAGCUAAGAAAUGUCUUCAACUCUGUAUUAUUAAAAAAUAUGUAAAAAAUA